UCGAACCGUCUUCUCUCUCACAACCGAACUAAACCCUACCCUAAACCCUAUCAGAGAUGUAGCGACCUUCAAGCUUCAAAACGCGUGCCAGACCCCGCCGCCGACGGUGACAGCCAGCGGUUGCCGCCUUCGCCUCUCGAAGGUCUGCUCGGCCCUCAAAUCAGUCGUGGACUUCUCUCAUCCCCGUCGCUCACGCUUGUUCGCUUCUCGUGGGCGUUUUACUGCUUCGUCUCUGUUCUCUUUCCUUCGUUCUCUGUUCCCGUCCUCGUCGUCUUUCUCUGAUCAAGGCUUCAAGCUCUCUCUCUCUCUCUCUCUCUCUCUCUUAGCUCAGUCACUGUCACCGUUGAUGGAGGUUUCUAAUCGUCUUGAAGCAGCAAUGACUAACAUAACAGUGGACAUCAAUGUGCAUGUGUUCGACAAUUUUUAUUUUGUUGUCAGAAUUCCUAUUUCUCUGGUGAAAAACUUACUGGAGCUCUUCAUCUCUGUAAUACUGGCUGCAGUGAUCUUAUAUUCACUGCGGCCAGUUAUUCAGUAUGUACGUGGUCUGCUGGGUCGAUCCCCAACGUGGUGGGGUUCCAGAAGUUUAACGCCGCCGGUGUUUACAAGGGGAAUUUGGUGGCACGGACACAACUCAACCGGCCAAGAAUCAACUGGCCAAGAAUCAACCAGCCAAGAAUCAACUGGCCAAGAAUCAACCAGCCAAGCAUCAACUGGCCAAGCAUCAACCCCGCCACCAUCUACAGCAUGUACACCUUUCCGAGGUCCGGCUUUAAAGCGAAAAGGAGUUGCGCUAUUCUUGAGGAUGCGAAUGGACACUUGAGGGUGAUUUAAAAUGUAGAAUUGAGUCAAAUGAGACAGUGGAAGAGUUUCUGAAGAGAUACUUUGGCUAUACAAAUGAUUUUGUAGGAGUUGCUGCAACUCUGGCUGUUGCUUUUGCUGUGUUCUUUGCUAUUAUCUUUGCUGUUUCUGUGAAACUCUUCAAUUUCCAAAAGAGAUAGAAUAGAAAUUAGAAUACAUGCUUUCAAGUUCAAGUCAAACAUUGUAUAAAUAAAAGAGUUGUUUAGUUUUAUAUCCAAGGAGGUACAGUUUUAACUUUUAACUCUAAGUGCUCUCCCUCUCUAUUUUAAUUUGGAAACCGAAGACUGAAAUAUUUAUAGAAAAGAAAUGUUAUUUACAUAUAUUUAGUUGUAAAUUAUAAUUCUUAAUAAAGUUUAACCAUCAAAUU